AUGACAAGUCUGAAAAGAAAGAGAGGUUGCUCAAUUGGGUUUCCCAUCCUCAAAGGAACCCUCUUCGUUCUUCUUCUACUACUACUCAGUGCAUCAUGGUUCAAAAGAAACCAUCUCACAAUCCUCCUUAUGGGUCCCACCGUAACCAUCUCCGAGGUUAUCCAAGACCCUCCUGAAAAAACAUUCUACGACGACCCACAAUUAAGUUACUCCAUCGAAAAACGUAUCAAACAGUGGGACAAAAAACGAAGCGACUGGCUCCAUCUUCAUCCUUCCUUCGCCGCUUCACGUGACCGGAUCCUUAUCGUCACCGGAUCGCAAUCAACUCCGUGCAAGAACAACAUCGGCGACCACUUGCUGUUAAGAUGUUUCAAAAACAAAGUUGAUUACUGCAGGAUCCAAAACUGCGAGGUGUACUAUAGCAAUGUACUCCUUCACCCAAAGAUGGGAUCUUAUUGGUCCAAAAUUCCAAGCAUUCGAUCUGCUAUGAUGGCACAUCCAGAAGUUGAGUGGAUCUGGUGGUUAGACGCAGAUGCGGUUAUCACUGACAUGGAGUUCAAGAUUCCGUUGGAGCGUUACAAGGAUCAUAAUCUCGUGGUUCAUGGUUGGUCCAACAUGGUUUAUGAUGAAAGUGAGAACAAGAGUUGGACCGGGCUUAAUGCCGGUUCGCUUCUGAUUCGUAACUGUCAAUGGUCUAUGGAUUUGUUACACGUGUGGUCUCAAAUGGGUCCGUUAUCAUCAAACUAUGAAACAUGGGGGAGAAUCUUAACUUCGAUAUUUAAAGAUAAAUUGUUUCCGGUUUCCGACGAUCAGUCUUCUUUGAUUUAUUUGCUUUCUAGGCAAAGAAGAAAAUGGGGUGUGAAAACGUAUUUGGAGGAAGGGUAUGACUUGGAAGGUUAUUGGAUUGCUUCCUUGGGGAAGUUUGAGAGGUUGAAAGAUAAGUAUGAUGAGAUGGAAGAUGGGGCUAGGGUUUUGAGAAGAAGGCAUUCGGAGAAAGUGAGUGUUUGGUACGGUGAAAUGAGAGAGAGGUAUUUGGGAGGGAAAGAAAGGAGGCCUUUUGUGACACAUUUUACAGGGUGUCAGCCAUGUAGUGGGGACCACAAUCCUAGUUAUGAAGGGGAUGUUUGUUGGAAGGAGAUGGAGAGGGCUUUGAAUUUUGGUGAUAAUCAAGUUCUUCGGAAUUAUGGGUUUGUGAGGAAGGAUCUUAUGGAAUCUUCUGUGUAUGAAGUUCCAUUUGGAUACCCUAGGGUUGAGGAGUAG